GAAAAAUCCGACUGACAACCAAAGAGUAAACAGUUCCAUCUUCAAAACAAACGGGGAAGAGACAUAAGCAGUAUGUCCCAGACAUACUCUAAUUUUAUACAUGCUUAAUUAAACGUAUAUUAUAUGCAUUGUUUGAUAAAUUAAACAAAAGAGAGAGACUUAAGCUGAGACCUUGAACGGAAGAGUCAGCGUGUGGAAAAAGAUUCGUUCAAAACGAAACACCACUAAAAGGGUGCAGAUGGUAGUGGACGGCGUGUAAACUUCAGGAUAUUAGAAUUUCAGGCUAUUAGAAAUGGACAGUCAGAAGAAGUUGGAGGUGCCAGUCUACACCGAUGUGGACCGAGAGACUUUCUUGAGGGAUAUAUAUCCACUGCGCAGUCCCGCAGUGCUGAAGCGCGUGCCGCUGGGACCAUGUAUGCGCGCGUGGACGGUAAGUUACCUCGCGCUGAAGGGGGGACAGCGCGAAGUUAAAGUGCACGUGUCCCCUGAGCCUAGGAUGGACUUUCUUCAUAAGAACUUUGUGUACAGGACACUGCCAUUUGAUAAGUUUGUUCAGAGAGCUGCAGAGGCAAAGCACACAGAUUUCUUCAUAAGUGAGGAUGAAAGUUACUACUUGCGCUCACUUGGGGAAGAUGCACGUAAGGAACCUGCUAUUUUGUGGAAGCAGUUCCCAGAGUUGGCAGAGGACUUUCAGAUCCCAGAGUUCUUUGAACCUGAGCAAUUUUUCUCCAGUGUCUUUCGUAUCAGUUCCCCUGGUCUGCAGCUGUGGACACACUAUGAUGUAAUGGACAACCUGCUAGCUCAGGUGACCGGAAGAAAGCGUGUUGUUCUUUACAGCCCCAAAGACGCACUUUAUCUCUACCUCACAGGGGAUAAGUCUGAAGUUUUGGAUAUUGACACUCCUGAUCUGCAGUGUUACCCUGAGUUUGUGAAAGCGUGUCGCUAUGAAUGUGUUUUAGAACCAGGAGACAUGCUCUUCAUUCCAGCUCUUUGGUUUCACAAUACCCUGGCUCUGGAGUUUGGUGUUGGUGUCAAUGUGUUCUGGAGGCAUCUAACACCUGAGAGUUAUGAUAAGAAAGAUCCAUAUGGAAACAAAGACCCAGUAGCAGCCACCCGAGCCCUGCAGGCACUGGAGCGAACUCUAGGAAUCUUGGAAGAACUGCCAAGUGAUUAUCGUGAUUUCUAUGCUCGUCGCAUGGUGCUGCGGAUUCAAAACCGGGCGUACCUUAGGCAACCUACAGAGGCAGAAUAUGAAACAUUGACAAAGCAUAGUUGUCUCACUCAUUCAGAAUGAAA